AUUCAAAACAGCAUGCGUAUUUCAGACUUCAGAUUCUUCCUCUUCCUUAGUUGACGUUCAGCUCUUUGCAGGCAGAGUUUACUAGAUUUUAUUGACUUGUUUUUAACUAAGGAUUAGAAUCGAGGGAGAAGGGUGAUCCUUGUGUUUGGGAAUAUGGAGCUAGAUUCCUCCAAUGAGAAAUCAUCGCCCACGAAUAGCAUUGUUUUCGAGGCCUCAACCCAAACCCCAACGAAUGAGAUACCGUGCGAUAUCCUCUUCAAUCAAAAAGAAUACUCUUUGAAGACUUGUGGUCACAGCAACCAAGCUCUGACCAACAUUCAUCGGAUGAGGCAACAUGGACAUCUAUGUGAUAUUACGUUGCGAAUAGGAUUAGAAAAAUUUAGAGCCCAUAAAGUUGUUCUAGCAUCAGUUAGUGCAUAUUUUUUUGCGAUGUUCAAUGGUGAUAUGAAGGAACACAGCCAAUCAGAAAUAGCUUUGCUCGAUCUAGACCCCACUGCCAUUGACCUGUUGAUCGAGUAUGCCUAUACAGGACAAAUAAUUAUCACUGCCGAUAACGUCCAGGUACUGUUGCCUGCUAGUAGUCUGUUGCAGAUGCAGGAAGUCAGAGAAGCCUGCUGUAGGUUCCUGCUCAGGCAGCUGCAUCCGACCAACUGUUUAGGGAUCAGGAGUUUCGCAGAUACUCAUUCUUGUGAAGAACUCCACCUGAAGUCACAUGUUUAUGCCCUUCAAAAUUUUCAGCAAGUUGUAGGCACUGAAGAAUUUCUGCUACUACCAUUCCAGCAGGUGAAUGAUUUGAUUUCGAACAGUCAACUGAACAUUUCGUCAGAAGAAGACGUCUUUACCGCAGUUUUGAAUUGGGUCAAGCAUGACUUAGCUGAGAGGAGCCAGUAUAUUUCUAAAUUAAUGCAACAUGUGAGACUGCCUUUAGUCAAUAGAGAAUUUCUAAUGACACGAGUUGAUAACGAAAAACUCAUCAGGGAUAACAACGAUUGCAGGGAACUUCUUUUAGAAGCAAUGCGAUAUCAUUUAGCGCCAGAAAGAAGAUGUGCCUUGUCAACUACUAGAACCAUGGAAAGGAAACCAAAUGGUGCCAAUCCCUAUUUAUUCGCUAUAGGUGGUGGUUCUUUAUUCGCCAUCCAUUCGGAGUGUGAAGUAUACAAUCCAAAGACUGAUUCUUGGUCCCUUAUAGCACCAAUGCAAUGGCGCAGAUCCAGGUCAGGUGUUACAGGAUUGAGGAGGCUACUAUACGUCGUUGGAGGAUAUGAUGGAGCUGCUGACCUGGCAACAGCGGAAUACUUCAAUCCCUUGAAUAAUAGCUGGUCAUCUAUAACACCAAUGGGGACCAAAAGGUCAUGCUUAGGAAUUUGUUCUUUUGAUGGACUGAUCUAUGUAUGUGGUGGAUACGAUGGGGCCUCCUGCUUGAGUUCAAUGGAGAGAUUUGACCCACUUACUGGGAUAUGGUGUAGUUGUCCUGCUAUGAACACCAGGAGACGGUAUUGCAGGAUAGCGGUAGUGGAGAAUUGUAUUUACGCUCUCGGAGGGUUCGAUUCCACAAAUUAUCAGGCUUCAGUAGAAAGAUUUGAUCCAAGAGAAGGUACAUGGCAUUCGGUACCAUCAAUGUCAUCUAGAAGAAGCAGCUGUGGGGUAGCAGCUUUGAACGGACAUCUCUACUGUAUUGGAGGUAAUGAUGGUACAAUGUGUAUGUCCAGUGGUGAAAGGUUUAACGUCAGAAGAAACUCUUGGGAACCCAUAACUUCGAUGCACAAUAGGAGGUCAACACAUGAGGUUGUGGCAAUAGAAAAUAUGAUAUACGCAUUGGGAGGCAACGAUGGUUCAUCAAGUUUGAACGCAGUAGAGCAGUACGAUCCGAAAACCAAUAAAUGGAUAGUAGUUUCCCCAAUGAGUACACGAAGAAGUUCAGUUGGAGCAGCCGUACUGGAAUGCAUCAACAUUGAGCACGUUCUGAGACAAACUAGAAGUAGUUGACAUAGACUGACUGUUUGAGAUUGAUGUAACGCAAGAGAGUUUGAUUCUAAGUAUGCUAUGUUUAUAACCAAGACAUACUAUACUGGAUGCUUCCAACCAUUCCAAAAUCUAUGACCACCCGAAGAUAUGGUCAUUCAAUCGCUUCAAAUUAUGCAUUUAUGAAUACAAUAAGAAUUCAACGAAUACUAGUUUCUACCCUGGAGGGGUAUCUCUGAUCAGGCACUAAAGAAGACUGAAUAUCCAUGUUCUAUCUCCAUAAACAAAUACGAAACUGUUAUUACUAAUUCUGGUGAUUUCAUGAAACUGUAUCGCGACCAAUCAGAGUACAAUUUCGAAAAAUUCUAGGACUGAUAGUUUUGAUAGCUUCAAGCUUUGAAAUUUAUAUAAAUGAGAAAUUGCAAUUCAUGUGGCUUAAUAUUCGACAAAGUCUAAGUUAGUUUAAUAUUAGCUUCUUCGAAAUACAAAAUAAUACUAUUCUGUGAUAUGAAGUAUAUAUUCAACAAUUCUAGUGAAUGCAAACCAAGAAUACCAUCACUGAUACUCUCGUUUCUAGUGAUUUAAAUAGAUUGAUUCUGUUGAUAGAUUUCUUUAGUUAUCAUGUAAUGAAAGUUACCUAUUACGAAGGAGGUUCAUAAUCUCUGCUCUUAUGUAAUUUUAUUAUUCAGAUAUAUCGUGUUAUUUAGAUAAAACUGGAUUACACGGACUUAUGGUAUACUCGACUUUACUCCUUUGUGAUGAUUUGAAAAUUGUAUGUUGAUGCAAUUUCUAGGAAAACCGGAUGAUGAAAAAAAAUCCUGGAAUGUACCAAAUUUCAGAAAUAUAGCUGGAUAUCAAAGGAGAAAAGGGGGGGUAUACCAUGAGUAUGUGUCACGCGGUAUAGAAAAAAAAUCAGUUUGACAAUGUAGCUAUUCUAGUUGGGUGUGAAUAGUAGGACUUCCGCAAAGAACUGAUGUAUUUUAUUUUUCUUAAUCAUAGUUUGUUAUUUCAAUUACAAGAUAUUUGAAAGAUUCAGAAUUUCUUGAACCUACGCAUGUAAUGUAUUCAACAGUUUGUUAAAAUGAAUUUGGCAGAUACUUGUUUCAAUGCGUACUUUCCUGAAUGUGUGUAUAAACGAAUUUUUCAUCACUUAUGAGAAAUGAUCGUUGAAUAUUAAACCAAUUGUUCAUUGAUUUUUGAUGCACUGCCAUUAAAAAGGCGAUAUACCUCAAUGUCAUUGAAAGUGUAUUAGCGUGCACUUAUAGAAUUAAUAAAAUCUAUUGAAUAAGAACCGUGUUCUAUUAUUUUUCCUCAACUAAACCGCUCAACACUUCAUCAU